AUGUCUACCGGUGAGAGCGCGGAGCUUCAUGAACCAACCAUGGGCCCUAUUAAGUACGUUUUCAUUCCCGUUGAGGAGACUAGAGAGCCAAAGGAGUUGCUGUUUGCGGGAGGGAGCGAUGAAGAGUUCCGUGGGUCCAUCACACAGUAUUUUCGUCAAAAAUUGCUUUCACAGGAGCAAAAGAAUGAGAUGACCAAACAUCUCGUACAGAAGGCAAGUGAGAGUGGGAAUCGCGGAGAUGAUACCGCCCCGCCUCAAGUAAGUGCGCAGCAACAAAACGAACUCAUCUCCGAGUACCUCGAGCAAACAUCAUUUGAGAUUGUCCCGAUAGUAAUGCCGGCGAGGGACAACAAGUUCGUCGGGACAUCACUUUACAUUGAUGACAGUGGGAGGUUCAAAGAUCUGCCACUGAACUGUCGUGCCAGUAAAAUCGCCCAGAGGGAUAUCCGAGGCGACGCAUUUCUCCUAUCCAACCAUGAUGACCCAGCUCUUGAUGAGUGGGGCCGUGUUGACUGUUCACUUUCGACAUACAACGAACUUCUCGCCAACCCACCUACCACAAAGUACGAUGCCUCCGACAGGGCUCAGAUGGCUUCUCUGACCAUGCAACGUGAAAGCGAAACAAAAUGCAUAAGUGAAGUAGAUGUUUCCAAAGCUAAGGAAGCUAAAGAGGCAGGCAACAAAUUUUUUACUGAAGGAGAUAUAAAGGCGGCUGUUCAGGCCUACAGCGAAUGUGCAGACCUCACUGAAGGCAGAAGAGAUUUGCUCCCCAACGAAGCUGAGGUAACUUCUCUCCGUGUGAGCGCCCUACUGAACCGAAGCCUUUGUCUAUAUCGCCUGGGAAAGAAUGAUGAUGCUGCCCACGAUGCCCGAGCAGUGCUACAAAUCGAUGCAAAGAAUUUAAAAGCCCAUCACCAUCUAACGAAAGCCCUUUGUGGGAGCCGUGACUACGAUGAAGCAGCGAAAUCACUCGAAGCCUAUGAAAAGCUGGGCGGACAACCACAAGAUAUAGCACAAAUCCGUCAGUCUAUCGUUGAGGGAAAGAAAAGGUUAAUGCAAGAGGAAAAGAAUAAAUAUGCCAAGAUGUUCGCCUCAACUUAA